AUGUUCACCUGCCUUCAGCUCGCCAAAGCACAGCCUACUGUUCGGCAGGGCGUGGCGCAGUGCGCGAGAGCUCCUACGGAGGUAGACAGCAGCCCCCUGGACCGCAGCGACGCACCGAUAAGGAGUGGGACACUGGCGUUGUUAGUUCAGAGUAUAGUUCUCCGUGAUUUUUUUCUGUUCCAGAGGGCUGAGGAAAACGCACACGCUUUUCUAGACAAGGAGCUGAAGAAGCUCUGGAGGGUUCUCUUCCCAGAUUACCCACAAUGCUCAGAGAGUCAGAGGGAGGAGGAGGAGGAGGAGGAGGAUGGUAAGAAGGAGGAGCAGAGGAGGCGCGCCAUAGAGGGAGUGGUGGACAUCACAAAGCUCUGCCUGAUGGAGAUGAACCAGGAGGAACUGGCCGACACACUGUGGGGCGCAUCUGAUGCCGUCGAUUGCCAACAAAAAAUUAAGACUCAUUUGCGGGAGAAGUUCAGGUGUGUGAUUGAGGGAAUCGCUAAAGCAGGACAGCGAACCGAUCUGAAUGACUUCUACACAGAGCUCUUCAUCACAGAGAGAGGCUGUGGAGAUGUCAACAAGGAACAUGAGGUCAGACUGAUUGAAACAUCUUCCAGGAAACCAGCCAAGGAGGAAAUACCAAUCAGAUGUGAGGACAUCUUUAAAACCUUACCUGGACAAGAUCAACCAAUCAGGACAAUAAUGACAACUGGAGUGGCCGGCAUUGGUAAAACCGUCUUAACACACAAGUUCACUCUGGGCUGGGCUGAAAGGAAAACCGACCAGGACAUACACUUCACAUUUCUCCUCACUUUCAGAGAGCUGAAUUUACUGAAAGGGAAAGAGUUUAGCUUGGUGGAACUGCUUCAUCACUUCUUCAUCGAGACCAAAGAAGCAGGAAUCUGCAGAUUCCACCGGUUCCAAGUUGUCUUUAUCUUGGAUGGUCUGGAUGAGUGUCGACUUCCUCUGGACUUCCAGAACAACCCGAUCUGGACUGAUGUCACAAAGUCCACCUCGGUGGAAGUGCUGCUGACAAACCUCAUCAGGGGCGUCCUGCUUCCCUCUGCUCGCAUCUGGAUAACCACACGCCCUGCGGCAGCCAACCAGAUCCCUGCUGUGUGUGUUGACAUGGUGACAGAGGUGAGAGGGUUCACCGACACACAGAAGGAGGAGUACUUCAGUAAGAGAUUCAGAGAGGAGUCGCUGGCCAAAACAAUCAUUUCCCACGUCAAGAAAUCACGAAGCCUCCACAUCAUGUGUCACAUCCCAGUCUUCUGUUGGAUCACUUCUACAGUUCUGGAGGAUUGCUUCAAAACAUCCCAGAUAGGAGAAGAGAUGCCCAAGACCGUGACUCAGAUGUACAUCCACUUCCUGAGGGUUCAGUCCAUACAGGCGGACAGGAAGUACCGUGGGAGAGCUGAAACAGAUCCAGACUGGAGUUCAGAGAGCAGGAAGAUCAUUCAUUCUCUGGGAAAACUGGCUUUUAACCAGCUGGAGAACGGCAACCUAAUCUUCUACGAGGCAGACCUGGCAGAGUGUGGCAUCGAUAUCAGAGCAGCCUCAGUGUACUCAGGAGUGUUCACCCAGAUCUUUAAAGAGGAGUGUGGGCUGUACCAGGACAAAGUGUUCUGCUUUGUCCAUCUGAGCAUCCAGGAGUUUCUGGCUGCCCUGUAUGUCUUCUGGUCCUUUAUCAACACUGGGGUCAAUCUGCUCAAAGAAGAACAGUUAAUCUUCACCUAUGGUGAAGAUCAGAUCCCUGCUGAGUGUGUUCAAGAUGAACUCAUCUUCUCCGAUGAUGAAUUCAGCUACGAUGAAGAUGAACUCAUCUCCAAUGAAGAUGAACACAUCCUCUUCUAUCAGAGUGCCGUGGACAAGGCCUUACAGAGUAAGAACGGACACCUGGACUUGUUCCUCCGCUUCCUCCUGGGCCUCUCUCUGAAGACCAAUCAGAUUGUCCUACGAGGUCUGCUGGGACAGACAAGAAGUAGCUCACAAACCGAGGCGAAAACAGUGUCUUAUAUCAAGGAGAAGUUAGGUGGUAAUCUGUCUCCAGAGAGAAGCAUCAAUCUGUUCCACUGUCUGAAUGAGCUGAACAACUGUUCUCUAGUGGAGGAGAUCCAACAGUCCCUGACAUCAGGAAGUCUCUUCAAAACACAUUUCUCACCUGCUCAGUGGUCAGCUCUGGUCUUCAUCUUACUGUCAUCAGAAGAAGAGCUGGAAGUGUUUGACCUGAAGGAAUACUCAGCUACAGAGGAGGGUCUUCUGAGGCUGCUGCCAGUGAUCAAAGCCUCCAAAAGAUCUCUGCUGACUGGCUGUCAUCUGUCAGAGAGAUGCUGUGAAGCUCUGGCCUCAGUUCUCAGCUCCAACUCCUCUAGUCUGAGAGAGCUGGACCUGAGUACCAAUGAUCUGCAGGAUUCAGGAGUGAAGCUGCUCUCUGCUGGACUGGGGAGUCCACACUGUACACUGGAAACUCUCAGCUUGUCUGGUUGCCUGGUCACACAGGAAGGCUGUGCUUCUCUGGCCUCAGCUCUGAGCUCCAACCCCUCCCAUCUGAGAGAGCUGGACCUGAGCUACAAUCACCCAGGAGACUCUGGAGCUGCGCUGCUCUCUGCUGGACUGGAGGAUCCACGCUGGAGACUGGACACUCUCAGUGUGGAGCACGGUGGAGUGUGGAGGCUGAAACCAGCUCCACAGAGAUAUGCCUGUGACCUCACACUGGACUCCAACACGGCCUACAGACGACUCUCUCUGUCUGAGGACAACAGGAAGGUGACGUGGGUUAGAAAGGACCAGUCGUAUCCGGAUCACCCAGACAGAUUUAACUCCCAUCACCAGGUGUUGGGUAAAGAGGCUCUGACUGGCCGCUGUUACUGGGAGGUAGAGAGGGACGGAUGGGUUGAGAUAGGAGUGACAUACAGAGGAAUCACAAGGAGAGGAGGGGGUGGUGACAGCGAGCUUGGAAUGAACAACAAGUCCUGGACUCUUUAUUGUUCUGAUGAUGGUUACUCUGUCUGGUACAACGGUAGAGAGACAGCCCUCCCUCUCCGCCCCGCUGGCUCCACCAGAGUAGGAGUGUAUCUGGACCGGCCUGCUGGCUCUCUGUCCUUCUACAGAGUGUCCCCAGGUGGAGGAGGGUCCUCAGACACACUGACACACCUCCACACCUUCUGGUCCUCCUUCACCCAGGAGGACCUCCUCCCGGGGGUGGGGGUGAGGGUAGUGGGGGGGGUGGGAGUGGAGUGGCGUGAUGCCUCAGCAUCUUUGUCCUCACUAGUCGACCCGCUCUGCAUCCCCGCUUCUGCCUCCGUUCCCUACGCCGCCUGCGUCGCCCCCCAGGCCCGACAGCAGUCCAGGCAGAGCACGGUGGUCUGGCUCUGUCUGGCGGUACCGUGGAUCACUGAGAGCACCGUGAACAAGAGGAAGGGUAGGGAACGGAUCAGUGGGACUUUAGGAACACCCCUCCCCUCUGGAGAUAAAGGGCGCUCUGGGGGCCCGCGGGUUGUGACCGAACAACCCCCCGGCUCUCGUCUGGCCCCCCCCUCGCCGCCCCCACCUUGGCGUCAGAAGGGGGAUGUGGCGGUACCCCCGGAGAACUACCGGCCCGCAGCCGACGGGCGGGCGGGCCGCGAGGAAGCCGGAGAUUCUAUUAAUCUGAGCGACAAAGAUGAGCGCAUAUCGGGCAUCAAGUGUGAACAAGUGUGA